AUGAGAAACUGCCUUAGGUCACCUUUCACAACAUCAGGCAUGGAUGGGAAGAAAUGCAGUGUAUGGAUGUUUUUACCUCUUGUUUUUACCUUGUUUACAUCUGCUGGAUUGUGGAUAGUAUACUUUAUAGCUGUGGAAGAUGACAAAAUUUUCCCAUUAAAUUCAGCUGAAAGGAAACCUGGUGUGAAGCAUGCACCAUAUAUAAGUAUUGCAGGUGAUGAACCUCCUGCAAGCUGUGUGUUUAGUCAAGUUAUGAACAUGGCAGCAUUCCUAGCUCUUGUGGUAGCUGUUCUGCGCUUCAUACAACUGAAACCAAAGGUUUUAAAUCCAUGGCUGAAUAUUAGUGGCUUGGUGGCUCUCUGUCUGGCUUCCUUUGGAAUGACCUUACUUGGUAAUUUUCAGCUCACAAAUGAUGAAGAAAUCCAUAACGUCGGAACUUCCUUGACUUUUGGAUUUGGCACGCUGACCUGCUGGAUUCAGGCGGCGCUGACACUCAAAGUCAACAUCAAGAACGAAGGGCGGAAGGUUGGAAUUCCACGAGUUAUCCUCUCAGCGUCCAUCACUCUCUGCGUGGUCCUCUACUUCAUCCUCAUGGCGCAAGGCAUCCACAUGUACGCCGCCAGGGUCCAGUGGGGCCUGGUCAUGUGCUUCCUGUCUUACUUUGGCACCUUUGCCGUGGAGUUCCGGCAUUAUCGCUACGAGAUUGUUUGCUCUGAAUACCAGGAGAACUUCCUAAGCUUCUCAGAAAGCCUGUCUGAAGCUUCCGAAUAUCAAACCGACCAGGUGUAA